UGGACUGGGCCAGCUCGCCGCCGCACCUGCAGUUCAACAAGUUCGUGCUGACAGGCUACCGGCCGGCCAGCAGCGGCCCUGGCUGCCUGCGCAGCCUCUUCUACCUGCACAACGAGCUGGGCAACAUCUACACGCACGCCUGUGGACUCCCUGAGGACAUCACUUGUCCUCAGUGCUGAAGCUAUGUGAUGGGUAACUGUCUCCCUCCCCCAGGCCUGGCCCUGCUGGGCUUCCUGGUGCUGCUGCCCAUGACCAUGCCCUGGGGUCAGCUGGGAAAUGAUGGCUGGCUGGGGGGCACACACUGUGUGGCCUGCCUGGCACCCCCUGCAGGCUCCGUGCUCUAUCACCUCUUCAUGUGCCACCAAGGGGGCAGCCCUGUAUACACCCGGCUCCUUGCCCUGGAUAUGUGUGGGGUCUGCCUCGUCAACACCCUCGGGGCCCUUCCUAUCAUCCACUGCACCCUGGCCUGCAGGCCCUGGCUGCGCCCAGCUGCCCUGGUGGGCUACACCAUGGUGUCAGGGGUAGCUGGCUGGCGGGCCCUCACUGCCCCUUCCACCAGUGCCCGGCUCCGUGCCUUUGGUUGGCAGGCUGGUGCCCGCCUCCUGGUGUUUGGGGCCCGGGGAGUAGGGCUAGGCUCUGGGGCUCCAGGCUCUCUGCCCUGCUACCUGCGCAUGGACGCACUGGCACUGCUUGGGGGGCUGGUGAAUGUGGCCCGCCUACCAGAGCGUUGGGGACCUGGCCGCUUCGACUAUUGGGGUAACUCGCACCAGAUCAUGCACCUGCUCAGCGUGGGCUCCAUUCUCCAACUACACGCCGGGGUUGUGCCUGACCUGCUCUGGGCUGCACAUCACGCCUGCCCCCUGGACUGAGCCACCUCCUGCCUGCCGUGUCAGUGUGCCCAGUCUUCUAGGGCCAACACCACCAUGCUUCCCUCCUGCUGGUCUGCAAGGUGCUGGCUCCCUGGAUGUUACCAGCAAACAGGACAUUCCCGCUGGGAGCCCUCGUCCGUCUGUCCAGUCUUCCCCUGUGACUGGCCUCUUCUACCCACACCUGAGAGCUCCAGCUUCCCCUCCCUGCCUUCUUCCACGGUACUUAUUGUGGAGGCUGGGAGGAAACCUUCCUCCCCUGGGCCUCAGAUUACUCUUUGUGACCUAUGAGGGUUGGGCCAGAGGAACUCUGGAGUCAUUCUUGCUCUGACAGUUGGAAUCCUGCCAACCUAGAGCCACCACCACCCCCUGUCCCUCCUCAGAACCCCCCAGAAGGCACCCCGUGGGUGCCUGGCCCAGCCUCCGGCCCAUGCUACCUGACCUCCGUCUUUCUGCUGUGCACACCGGCCCUCCCAGCAGCCUGAGGCUCGCCCACCCCUUCUCCCUUCCACCGACUGCGGAGUGAGGGGUCUGAGCAAGCAGGACUCCCUCUUGUCCCAGGACUGAGUAGCAGGAGGAACACCUGCUGCUGCUGCGUUUUCCAGGCAACACAGAGACGUGAAAAGCUGUGUGGCCCUGACCCAGGCCCCAUCGGACUGAGGGCCCCCUACCUUGAGAGCCAGGCUCUGAUGGCGGUGCCUGCCUGCUCAGGACACUUCUGCUCCACACAGUGUGUGGCUUCCAGCUCCCAACUGCUGGCCUGCA